GGGAGGGCGCUGCCGGGGAAGUCACUCCCAUCCCAGGCGCAGUCAGCCUGUCUGUCCGGAGGAGGCGCGCGGACGGAGCCAUUCAUGCUUCUGCGGUUCGGGAGGACGCGUGGCGGAGGAUGCAGACACCCCGAGAGUGAAGCCACCCCGAAAGCCCAGAGGAGGGUCCGCAUGUGCCGCUGGUUCCCCCGGAGGAUCGAUUCUCGAAGACCCGGUGGCUCUCUGCGCGCAGGCGGGCGGGCGGGCGCGCGGCGGUGACGCGUUGCGCUAAGCGAGGAGUCUUGCACCAUCUGACUUUAACUGGAGAAGCAUUGUCUAAGUCCAGGUCUGCGUCGCACUCAGAAGGUGUGUCUGGUGUUACCCCGGCGGGCUGGCUCACCCACAACAACCCCAGUACGAUGUAGACGGGGGAGAAAGGAGGCAGCAGAAGAGCCUGAAGACGGAGUGCACAGACGGAACGGCGAGCUGGAGGAGGAGCAGCCGCAGCUGAAGAUAAGGAGUGAAAGACGUCCGUGAAUCAUUGACCAGAACGGCCGGUUCACCUUGCUCUCGCUGUGGAGGCGGAUCCCGAUCUCAGCUGUCAGAGUCUCUAGAAUUCCCAGAAUUCACCUGUGAGUAGCUUUAGUACCCGACGGAAGCGCUGCCAGCAUGUGCCAUGUCAUUGUCACCUGCCGUUCCAUGCUGUGGACCCUGCUGAGCAUCGUGGCCGCCUUCGGCGAGCUCAUCGCCUUCAUGAGCACGGACUGGCUGGUGGGAUAUCCCCGCACGCCCGAUGCCGUUUUCGGCCCCCAUGGGGCCACCGCCGCAGGGGAAGCUUACAGGCCCACGUUGGGCAUCUACGGCCGCUGUAUAAAACUGCCCCACAUGCAGCGGGGGAUCCUGUGCGGACCGUACGCCGUUCACUUCGGGGAGAUCGCCAGCGGGUUCUGGCAGGCCGCGUCCAUCUUCCUGGCGGCGGGGAUCCUACUGCUGUGCGCUGUGGCCUUCAUCUCCGUCUUCACCAUGUGCUUCCAGAGCAUCAUGAAGAAGAGCAUCUUCAACGUUUGUGGACUGCUGCAAGGCAUCGCAGGUCUGUUCCUGAUUCUGGGUCUGAUGCUGUACCCCGCUGGCUGGGGUUCCGACAAAGUCCAGCUGUACUGCGGUCCAGAUUCGGCGCCGUACCGCGCCGGCCUCUGCUCCAUGGGCUGGGCCUUCUACACUGCAAUGGGCGGCACCUUGCUCACCUUCAUCUGCGCCGUCUUCUCAGCUCAGGCCGAGAUCGCCACGUCCAGUGACAAAGUUCAGGAGGAGAUAGAGGAGGGCAAGAGCCUGAUUUGUCUCCUCUGAGUCUCCAUUUGUGCUGGGAGAGCCUCAGACGGAGGCAGUAGGGCGGGCGGGGAGGAGCAGAUCUGCACCCCUCCCGUCGUUUACCACUAAAACUGACUCCCGGUUCGUCUCUGUCCUGUGUUUAUGUGGGAGAAAUCUUCGAGUGCCAAGCCGUUUUGUUGUGUUCCGACACAGGAGGUGCUGCGUCUGUGACUGACCGUCACCACACGCUCUGUAAAUAAAUGUGAUUCCAUGUAUUUUGUGCACGGUUUCGAUGGCGAGCUCCAUCAAGGCGGCGCUCACGACAUCACUCUUGCCACUCUGGAAAAAAGAAAAGCACUGGUGUUUUGGGCUGCCAGAUCACGACCAGCGGAUCUUCGGACUGCCACGUGUGAGGAUCCACUCGGCAAAGGAACCACUAUUCAGUCAGAAUAAGCGGAGAGUAGAUGUUUUUGUUUUGUUUUUAAUUUUUCUAAAGCUUACAGAAUGUACCGUUCGUGUUUGUAGACCUUUGAAAUGUAUCUGUGGACAGGAACCUUUGGGAGGACGUGAAGGAAGGGAAACCCAUUUCUGUAGAUGAGAUGGUUCUGGUUCUCCUUCAUGUGAUCUGUGCAGAAACACGGACCGAGCGAUGAAUAAAUGAAGUAUUGCGGUUUUGUAGUAUUGUGUGUUUUCAGGGAGUGUGUGCCAAGGUGAUGGAUACUGUGCCGUCUGUUCUCACUCGUUUCUGUCAAAACAAAUAAAGAGAAGGGAAGAUGAA